AUGGACACCGAAGAUCUGGAAGCAAUUAUCGCUAGUUUUCGCAGCCUUCAUGUCGACGAAGAUGAUGAAGCUCUUAGACAGCGUAUGGAGCAAAGCAUUCAGGAGUACAAUACAAAAGCUCGGGAGAGCAACCUUCGCUUUGUGCGCGAAUGCGUAGAGGCUGUCGCUGCAGCCGGUCUAGAGACAGAACAAGAGAAACUCAACCGAAUGGCCCACGUCUUCUUCGCCAUGAAGGACUGGGGAACCAACAUCGAUUUUGACGCCAAGCCGCAUCUCAAGCCAGAGCAAGCUGGUGACUACGGCUGGCCGCCAGAACGCCUUGAUCAGGUCCUAGACUUGCCGCAAUUGAGCAGAGACAGCCUGAAGCCCGCUUUCAGCAGAGAUUUUUCUGCCAUGCUUGUCCAAGAGAUGACGAAAUUUGUGUUUGGAGAGCAUGCUGAGCCAUCUGUUGUGCCUCGAGAGUUGGUCGCUUUCUUUAGCUGUGUCAGUGGUGUGUACGACCUGGGUUACAACCGACUCGGGCUCUGUCAGUUCGAAGCCCCGGUCAAGGAAGGCGUAUCGCAAGAAGAGAUGCACGAGACCCUUGAGAGGAACAGCAUAUUCCCUGAAGAUAUCGAGGAAGAUAUGCCAUCUGGAUACGGAUUUGAGCAAUUAGACCUGUUAGGAGGCUUCCACUUUGGUUGGAACACUGGGGUUUGGAGAGAUGAGCCAGUUCGACAGUGGAAUAGCUAUUACCUCUUCUGCCGCUCCAAGGAUGACGAGGAUGUCACUGCGAUGUGGGGUAAGGAUGAUGAGGAAGUCAACACGAAAUGGGGUUGGCGUGUCGUUGUGCAUUUGGAAAGCGACCACGGCGAAGGCAUAGUGGCACCACUCAAGAUCUUCGACACGAUUUUCGAUUUCUUGCAAUGGUAUGGAAGCUGGUAUGAUCGGUUGGAUCGUGCUCGGUUCUUGAAGGAAUUGGUUGAGGGGAUCGAAUUCGACUGA